GGCCGUUGCCCGACCUCUCCGGCUCGACCGACGCGUCGACGCGGCGGUGGUCGUCUCGGUCGACGCGUCGGGCCGUCGGCAGUCAGUUGGUCCGCAGCAGCGGAGACGGGAGGACUUGGACGAGCCGGCGGGAGAAGGUGUGACAUUGUCGGCUAUCGUCGGAACGCGUGAUCGGGACCCUAGCAUAAAGGGACCUAGGUUGAAGGGACUGACGACCCGGUCAGGGCUGCAGCACAUCCCAGUGAAGUUGUGAUUUUUCAGUGAACCUGCCUUCACUUUUUACGAGCAGCGAUCGGUUGCUGGUCGUAAGUUUUUUUUUUACCGUGGGACGGCGAGAGCGAUAUGUGACCGACUGGGGCAAGAUCGUAAGAUCCCGUGAUCAGCCAACGCCCCGAUCAGUUCUGGCCCGUACCGCUGGCGGUCACUGCCGAGCACCCGACACUCGGCAUGAUACAGAACCUGUGAUGCAGCAUGAUGGACAGCCAGAACCACAGCGUCGCCUGGGCGUCGCCGCCGACCUCCGCGCCGCUGCCGGCGACCCCCGCACCGGCGCCGACCAUCAUCGUUUACCCUACAGUGUCUCCAGAAACGGUCAUCAUCCCCAUUAUCUCCAGUAUCGUGGUGUUCCCGGCGGCUGCGUUCACAGUCAUCUGUUGUCUGCGGUACCGGGCCAAACGGGCACGGCGCAGAGCCAAGCAGCCCAGACUGGGAGACCGAUCAGACCGAAACGUGCCCGUGAUCAGGAUCGACGGAUCCCGGAAACCAGAGACCGGAGUAAAAGGAGGAAAGCCAAAGAAGCGCGACUCCCAUCACACCAACGAGCUUCAUUAUACUAGUGCCACAGUUUUCCAGGCGGUGUUGGGCAUUGACCUGGACCUGGACGAACGGUCCGAGUGGGAGAACGAGGUGAUGGGCUACACCAGCGUCCGGGGCAUGUCGUCACCCACCAGCAGCAUGGGCAGCCUCCAGGGGUGCCCAGCACACAACUCCGUUCAGCCGCGUAUCAUUCAGAUGGAGAUGUCACCACGCGCCGCCCGAUCGACCCGCUCCAGUCCCGGCCGCGGCCCUGACCUGCCGCCAGCACACGUGACUGCCGCCACUGACCUCUGGCGGCGACCUCUGGAACCUCUGCAGAGGAACGGCCGGCCACCUGGCACGCUGGCCGAGCUGCCGCGCCGGGCCAGUGACGGGGCAGAGGACUUCGGGAGGAAGUGGAACGGUCACGGGCCACCUGACCUGCUGCAGCUCCGGCGGCUCGGCGGAACUCAGGCGGCGGGUAGUGACAGGAACGGCACUGUGCUCGGCGAGCGUGCUACUCCAGUUCCACCGACUCCGCCCCAGGGAGAGAAGAAACGGGAGGAUGAGAGAGAGAACGAAGGUGAAAAACAAGAGAACGGAAGUGAAGAGCGAGAGAACCAAAUAGAGGAGCAAGAGGACCAGAGUAAUGAGAAGGACCAGAGUGAUGAGUUGAAGGACCAGAGUGAUGAACUAGAGGACCAGAGUGAACGAGAGUAUGAAAGUAAAGAGCGAAAUGACUCGAACGAGGUGCGAGAGGAGCAAAGUGCUAAGCGAGAUGAGGAAAAUGAGGAGCGAGAGGACCAUGGUGAGGAGCGCAGUGAGGUAGAGGACUCCUGGCGCGAGUCCCUGAGGUUCAUAGACGAUUCUAGCGAGGCUAGCUAGCAAACCAGGCUGAUCAUUCGGAAGGACGCUCGUAUGGUAGCGCGUUUUGCUACCAUUGAAUGCAUGGUUUCGAUUCGAUGGCUAGGAAACAUUGUCAGAAAGUGAAAUGAAGGAAUUACUUGCUGAUAAGUUUAGCGAUCAGAACGGAACAUGGUAUACAUGUCGUGUAAAGUUCACGGAAAGUUGCCUCUUAGUCACCAUUCUCCAAAUCCGAUAUUUUGGACAAGCUUACGUCAUGCUGGGAGGCCCGUUAUGAUAUUAUGUUCGGAUGUUUUAGAUACUCUGGUGUCAAAAACAGCCAUUUUAACCGUCGAGAAUAGUCGGUGGAGGGUGCGAUGCAUUUAUCAUAAAAACGGUCUGUGAAGGACUUCGUAGGGAUCAUGAAGCUACAAGGACACUGGCCCCAACGACCGUCUCAAAAUGGUGAAGCCGCUGUUAGCUUCGUUUGGGACGCCACAUCAGCAUCAAAUGUAUAAUUGUUCGUAUAUGAUGUGUGCUUAUAAUGGACAUAAAUGCCAUAUUCGUG